AUGCCAAACCCCUUCCUCCAGCUCGUUCUCUUCGCCACCGUGGUCUCUGGCUACUGGCUGCCAGAGACUGUAGGCAAAGACCAGUUCAAGACCUGUAUUGUUCCCAAGUCCAAUGGGGACGACUCCCCUGCAAUCAUCUCCACCGUCAAAUCUUGCGGCGCCAACUCCCGCAUCGUCUUCAGCACCGGCACAGAAUACAGCUUGCUCACACCCCUGAAGUUUUCCGACUUGACCAACGUCGAGUUCUCGCUCGAGGGAAACCUCACACUCUCCGACGAUCCCGGAACCGUCUCGGCCGUCGUCCAGAACCGCACGAUCUACCCGGGCCACUGGAUCACCGUCAGCAACAGCAAGGGCGUCACCUUCACUGCCACGAACGCCCCGGAUGGCGGCUGGAUCAACGGCCACGGCGACAAGUGGUGGUCCAGGGCUGGGGACAGCAGCGACGGCGGACGCCCACACUUCUUCUCGUUCGGCGUCACAGGCUUACGUCUCCGGGGCCUGAAGAUCCUUAACCCCGUCGCGUGGUGCUUCUCGAUGGGCGGGCAGGACGUGUACAUGACCGACACCCUGCUCGACGCUCGGUCGAUGAGCGGGUUCCCUUUCAACACGGACGGCAUUGACGUGAGCGCUUCCGACGUCGUGAUCGAUGGCUGGACGAGCUACAACGGCGACGACAUCAUCAACGUCUCGCCGCCGGCGGUCAACGUGACGAUGCGCAACGUCGUCGCGUACGGGACGCACGGGAUCUCCGUUUCGUGCUCGGCGGGAAGUGGCAACGGGUACCUGUUCGAGAACGCCGAGAUUCACGACUCGCUGCUGGGAGCCCGCUUCAAGGGCUCCGUCGGCACGACCUGUCAGAUCUCGGACGUGACCUGGCGGAACAUGACCAUCACCAACACGGCCUACCCGAUCCACUUCAUCGAGAACUACGUCGAUCAGGAAAAGGGGGCUGCCGGUAAGGAUGCGUCUCUGGCGGCGUUUGCAAAGAACUUCCGGUGGGAAGGCAUCACCGCGCACACGGGGACGAGUCUCAAGGACGGCAGCUGUAUUUCCAGCCCAUGCUGGAGCGCGACGCUUGACGAGUCAACCAAGAAGGGGAUGUACAUCAUUUGCAAAGACGCGGAACAUUGUCAGGAUUUCCACUUCUCGGACAUUACCCUCGCUGCGGCCGAUGGAAGCGCGGGCGAGAUGGUAUGUGUUGGGCUAGAAGGCAACACGGAACUGGGCAUCCCCUGCACCAACGGCACCCUGUCGACUGCGAAGUGA